AUGGGAGAACAAGGAGCUAUAGGGACUCUUUAUGCAGAGUCGAAGUUGGGACGAAGCAAGAAGAUAAACCCCCAGACCUGUAAGGGCCCUAUUCCUCUCCUUUUCCUCUGUCUUUUUCAAAUGAUUGUUGCAUCAUGGAAUUGCCAGGGAGCAGGUUCGAAAACAUUCCCGCGGCUAAUAAAUGAAGUGGUAAAAAAGUACAGAAUUAAUAUUAUGGGAAUUAUGGAACCUCGCAUUAGUGGAGCUAGAGCAGAUAAAGUAGUAAAGAAGAUGGGUUUCAGUAAUUGGAUAAGAGUGGAGUCUACGGGCUAUGCAGGAGGAAUUUGGGUACUUUGGAACGAUUGGGAAGUUUCAAUUGAGUAUGUAUGCUCGACCACCCAGUUACUUCAUUGCAAAAUAACUAGCAAAACUUCAGCAGAAACUAUGCUAGCUACGUUCGUCUAUGGAGACACAAACCCUCUGAGGAGAAGGGAGCUGUGGAAUUCCUUAAGGAAUAUAGCGAGUUCAAUUGAUUCUGAUUGGAUGGUUCUAGGGGAUUUCAACACUUUCCUCACCGUGGAGGACAAGGUAGGGGGAACACGACCAGACAAUAGCAUGAUGAUAUCUUUUAGAUCCUGUAUAGAUGAUUGUAAUCUCCUAGAAAUACCAGUGGUGGGCGAUAGAUUCACCUGGGAAAGAAAUGAUGUAAAGGAAAGACUUGACUGGGCCUUUAGAAACUUUAACUGGGAAAUAAACCACCCUCACAUGAAGGCUCAUCACAAACUACGUUUUAAGUCGAACCACAGAAUGAUAGUAGUGUCUGACGGUGGUGAAAAUAGAAUCAACAGAAGCAAUAGAGUUUUCAAAUAUCAAGCUGCUUGGUGUCUAGAACAAGACUUCGUGGAUAUUGUUGCAGCUUCGUGGGAAAACAAAAACUGGCUCCAAGGAUGUGAGUCUUUCAAAAAAUCAGCCAUGGAGUGGAACGAAAAAGUAGUAGGAAGUGUGGCAGCCAAAAAGAAGAAGUUGUUAAUAAGACUGGAAGGCAUUGACAAGGCAAGACAGAGUAACAGAUCAAAUGGACUCCAAAGACUAGAAAAAAGAAUAUGGGAAGACUACAGCAAAUUAGCAGCUCAAGAAGAAUUAAUAUGGUUCCAAAAGUCUCGAAGCAAGUGGCUAAAGUGGGGAGACAAAAAUACGAGCUUCUUUCACGCCACAACAGUAAUGAGGAAGAAGAGAAACUCCAUAGAAGCCUUGCAGGAUUCGAAUGGGAGCUAG